AUGACUGGACGCGGUAAAGGAGGCAAGGGUCUUGGAAAAGGAGGAGCGAAACGGCAUCGUAAAGUGCUCCGAGAUAAUAUCCAAGGAAUUACCAAACCGGCAAUCCGUCGGUUAGCACGCCGAGGCGGUGUGAAGCGUAUUUCCGGACUCAUUUACGAAGAAACCCGUGGCGUGUUGAAAGUGUUUUUAGAAAACGUUAUUCGUGAUGCUGUCACUUACACCGAACACGCUAAAAGGAAGACUGUCACGGCCAUGGAUGUUGUUUACGCUCUGAAACGCCAAGGCCGUACUCUUUAUGGUUUCGGCGGUUAA